GUGUUGCUUGACAUAUGUUGGGUGAUUCAAUAACUAAUCAAUACGGUAGACGUAUUUAGUCGUAAGGAAAGAACGUUGGCACAGCGAAGAGGAGGAUGUCAACCAAUUCACCUGGACAUCGGCCCACGCUUUGAUUUAUUCCUAUUUCAGCUAGCCCUACUUCCACAUGAGGAAUGCACAUUCUCAUGCAUUUCAUUGUUAUCACGUUUUUAACGCCUCUUUUGAUGUUAAAUUCUCUAUUGCAAUCCAGGCUGCAAAGACCAUCCAAAUAUUAUCUGUUAACCACUGGCUGUUGCAUUCAUAUCAAGUCACACGAUACCUCAACACGUCCGCUUCAACUUUCGAACAUGGCUCAUCAAUCUUAUUUACCAACAACGCUCCUGGAUUUACUAUCGAAUUCGCUAGUUUUGCGCAAUACUACUCCACAUCUACCUCUCGCGUCGACGUUCGCCCUUUCGGCUACUUGCAAAGCAUUCAGAAACCUUUUGAUCGAUACGCAGACUCCUGACGCAUUUCGAUACGUGGAUCUGUCACAAGUCAAGAGCGCCGACAUCAAGGUUGACAAAACGAGUCAUAUUUACUCUGGGUACUGCAACUGGAAGACCCUGAAAAGGGACGAGACGCUGACCGAGGAUGAAUUUUACGGCGGUCCAUUGUCAAGAGUGUUCUCGAAGAUGUCAGGGAGUAUUCUUCUCAAGAAUGUACAGACGCUGAUUCUGGACGGCUUGUGGGUUCCAGAUGAUAUAGUCCGAGACAUCAUCUGUAAGGAUCGGUUCAACGUUCGCGUACUCUCCAUUCGAAGUGCAAAACACCUCGAUCAGCAGAAAUUAAGGCAAGUCCUCAACGACGCCGUUCGGCCUGUUCGAGCUAAAGGUACUCCUCGGCUAAGGCUACUGUACCUAUUUGGACCAAAAGACAGUGCGCUUCGCUCACAAGCCAAACUUGCAGGCUAUCAAGUCUCCAGGGGAAUCCGCGGCCCCCAGGGAGGUGCUGAGUGGAAGAAGAAGUCCACGACGGCACUUGGAUCAUCCUUACCUGAGAAAUGGUAUGCACCAACAGGUCGUAUGUUCGACAAGAAUAUGGGCAAAGACUGGGCUGGUACGCUCAAAGCCUGCGAAGGGAUCAUUGCAUUUGAUGCAGUGCUUUGUCGAGGACCCGGUCAUCAACCAGAUUACAUAUCAUCUUACGCGGGAGACUGUGUUCUAGCACCAGCAGUUGCAAACAUAGCCCUCGGGCACUCUGGCUGUGUUGCUUGCUCCUCAAGUCCUGAAGGUGCUGCGGUUUUUGGGCAACUACCAAGUCAUUGCUUCCCUCUCCUUAGCCCACCACCACGGCUCUCAACAACUGUUCACGCGGCACAACGACCACACAAUUCUGGUGAACCAGCGAAAUUUAUCGCACGUUGCGAGGACUGUCUCACGCAUAGGUGGUGUGAGCAGUGCAAUCAGUGGUGGGAUGAGCGCUGUUAUCCCGUCAGCAAGCUUGCUACGAAGGACGCGAUGGGAGAUCUCAAGGUAAUUCUAGACCGCUACCUGGAUUGUCUUGAAGUCGUACCACAGUGAAGAUGUCCAUGUACAAGUUUUCCACUCGGCUUCAUGUCGUGGUAGUCUUCUGGGCGGAGUAAAUGUUUUGACAUUAAAUAAGUGUCAGGUACCUCUUUAUAUUUUGGGAAUGCAAUAUCCUGAACUGAACGAUACUGACAGACUCAAUUAUAGCCGAAGCCACUUGUCAAGCUAGAAUGCCUGAGGUG